CUGUCCCCGCCCUGAACUGCCCGCCCCGGUCCCUCAGUCGCAGCAGGCCCACGGGGCAGGCGGGCCGGGUGCAAAGAUCGCCUGGCCCGCAGCAGGCCGCGCCUCAGGCGUAGGAGGAGGCCCAGCCCUAGCGCCGUCAGCCGCCAGUGGGCACGGAGGGAGGGAGGAAGGAAGGGGCCUCCCACACACACCUCCACACUCGCGCCAGGCCACGCCUCUCCCUGGGAACCCCCUCUCUUAAGCCCCGCCCACUUCUGCUCUCUGCACAUGCUCAAUGGGCGUGCGUGUGUGCGGAAGUGCUGGUCGGCACAGUAAGCUUCGUCCUGCUGCGAAACGGGUCACAUUUCCCCUCCCUUAGAACAUGGGCGGAGUGAUUUCUCCACCCACCAACGUUUGCACUGACAGUUUCUUAAUCUGCAGCCCCCUUACUCUGAGCAGGUACCCAGUGAAGUGAUUUCUCUCCCUCUUGCCCCUCAACAGCCUACUACCUGUUUCUAGGAAGGAUCUGUAGUCCUUACUCUGAGCAUGUGCAGAGUGAUUUCUUCCAGCACCCCCAGCAUGUGCAGAAUGAUUUCUUAUUUUCUCUCUCUCAUCCUCCUACUAAACUGGUUAUAUCCCUUCCCUCUAAGCGCAUGCAGAGUACUCCCCCCAACCAACUCAUCCCUUGUCAGUUUGUAAGGAGCAACUGUAGCUAUCCUUUUCCGAGGGAGUUUUCUGGACUCUGCAACCAGCAUGGGGCAGUGAUUAAGGGUGAUGGGAGCUGCAGUUCAAGAACAUCAGAAGAGCCUGUGUCUGGAUCAGGCGAAAGGGUGUCGCUUUAGUCCAGCAUCCUGUUUCCCACAGCAGCCAACCAGAUGCCCCAAAUGUGAAGCCUGGAGGGUCACAGGUGUUCCCUGUCCCUGUCCAUGCAGAGAUCAGCUAAAAGGAAAGCUGAUGCUCAUAUGACUCAGCCUUCUGGCAGCCUGAUGUGCCUUCCAGAUGUUUUGGACUCCAACUUCCAUCAGCCUCAGCCUGAGCGGCCUUGCUCCCAUCAGCCCCAUCAUCACAUGGCUGUGUUGGCUGCGGCUGAUGGGAGUUGUAGUAAAAAAAAAGUCUUGAGAACACUAGGUUGGCAAAGGCUGAUAUAACUGAUACACACAGAGGCAUUUGCCUGUUGGUUCUAGAAUGCCACCAAUGCCGGGCCCCAAAUUUCCAAGUGUCCCAGCUCCAGGGACUCUGCCUGUCCUGGGCAUGAUUCCAACAUCAUGGGAAAAGGAGAAGGUGCAGAUAUCAGCCCAGCAAUGAUGGAGGUUGCUCCGUGUCCUUUGGAAAUGUCUGGCUGUACUUUGCUUUUAAUGGCCCAUAACCCCUGCCACUCUUGCCCCAAAUACCACUUGGAGUGGGGUAGGGGGGAAGCAAAUUUGGCAGGUGGAUUCACAGUCUGGGUUUAUUUGGUCUCCGAGCUUAGGAUUGGUUUGGCUCCCAGCUGAAAGGAGUGCAAACAUUCAAAAAAUAACCCAUGAGGGUUCUCUGAGUUUUGAGGUAACUCUGGGGUGGGGGACAUCUGUGGCCCUCCAUAUCACCCCCCAGCCAGCAUGGCCAAGAGUAGGGGUUGAUGAGAAUUGUAGUCCAGCAACAUCUGGCUUCCCACCCCUGCCAUAAGGUUAUUUCUUAAAGCAAGCAGAGCUCAUGUCUCUUUUGGUCCUAGAAGCUACACCAUGUCCAUGGCACACAGAAUUCUGACUAAGCCCCAAGGUGGAGGGAGAAGGUAUUUUGACAAGCAGGCAUGGGUUCCAUUGUUUGGUCUCCCCCAUCCCCACGCCUCAUAUAUUUAAAUAUGUUACCUCUCUCGCUCAGCAUGCUCAAGGCAGUUUCGCAAUGUAAAAUAGUAGCUUGCGGUUAGGACUGCAAGUUUUAGGUGAUCAGUCGUUAAGCAAUCCAUUGAGAAAACUUUCGAUUGAGUCCCAGUUAACUAGACCACACUUUUAAAUGCGGUAGUUAAUUGUUUUUAAUCAUUUUCCUUAAUGUUUGCGUGAAACUUGCUGAUGUCUUUUUCAAAAAGAAACAUUUUUCCCCUCAGAGAAGCGAAGGCCUGUUGUGAUAUGAUUAUUUGCACUCCACUGUUUAAACACAAAGGGGGUUUGUUGUUGUUCUAAACCGUUAUUUUAUUUGUAUGCAAAUUUAGGCAGAUUUAAUUGAACAGAAAACAUUUAAAUGGCAGUUCUAAGGAUGUUUACUCAGAAGGCAGCCCCGCUGUGUUCAGUGGUGUGCAUACAGCUUACAUCCUUCAUGAAAGGAUGAAAAUAGAAAGCUAGCAUGUCAAGGUAAAGGCCUCCUUUUUCCAUGGGAUAGUGUUCGUUUAUGCAUGAAGGAGUAGUUGGCAAUGUGAGCUCCCCACAUUUGCUGUCUGAAGUGGUGGGGUACCAGAAAACAACAUCUUGUCACUCUCCUACCGGUUUGUGAGAACUAGACAAUGGCUAACUGGCUGCAUGUGCCCAGUACUUCAUUUUUUUGAACAAGAAAUGUUCCAGUGGCUGCAAGCCUGUGUUUGAAGCCCUGCCUAAACUAAAAAAGGACAGAGUAGUCCUGCAUGAUACUCUAUAUGUGUUCAGAAGGCAGGUUGAUAGUGGCUCACUUUGCAUUUUACACUAGGCCACCAUGGCUUAGCCCAAAUGUGUGAGCAUGUAGAGAUCACAGCUGCUCUGCUCCUCCUUUGGUCCUGCUGCUGCAGUUCCUCUGUGAAGUAGGCCAUGGUUUGUCUUAGCGUGUUGUUCAGACCCAGAUGUACGGUUUGUCUCCUCCAGACAAACCCAUGACAUGUAAACCAAGAGCAAACCUUGGUUGAGCAUUAUUUUGCGAAUCUGGUCAUAGUAAAGUUUGUGUUCGUACCCCAUGUGUGCUUCAUUUUUAUACUGAGAGAUGGAAGAAUGUACCUAAGUACAAAAUUAAUAAUUCAGUGUGCAUGUCUUCUUUAUGCACCCAUUUUCUUAAAACACCCACGAGCAUGGACCCAGUCAUUUCCCAGUUGUUGAAUGUGUGUAUUUUUAACAGGCAGCUACUGAAAAAAACAUGCCUGUAUAUUUCUUACAUCACCACCAGAAUCACAUCUAUUACUGAUAUUAUUACAAUGCACACACACCCUUUCAUUUCAAGAAGAAAUACUUCAUGGUGGAAGUACAAACAGGAGUAUAAGGAACAACCAAUGUCUACAUUCUGCAUGCACCCGGAGACUUCUUUUCACUUGUAGGGUUGAGCUGAUGCUUUAAUGUCACAGGAAGCUAGCUGAUACCAGAGCGGCGCUCUGUCUAACCCAAUAGUGUCUGCUGCUGUUGUCUGGCAGUUUUGGACUGAGUCUUUUACAUCAUCUCCUCCCUGGUACCUUCUCACUGGAAAUCUUGGGGGGUGAAUCUGGGACUUUCCACUCCCAACACUCAGCAGUGCCCCCUACCCUUGUACCCUAGUGCAGGUAAACUGUGAUACACACUCACCCUUACUGGUGCAAAUUAUCUGUGGCUUAAUGAGGGCCCUGUGGUGUAAUGAGGGUGCACUGGGUGCUCACUUUCCAAAAGGAGAGGACUUGAAAGCACUCCCCCCGCCUUUCCUUCCUCAAUCCUAGAUGCAGCUGUGUGGGAGGGAUACACUACACACUGUGAGGUGCUUCCACUUUCACUCUGCUAUUUAAUACACUAUUGGAUUGAGCUACAACAUUAAAGGGAGAGGCCAAGGUUGACGCCUUCAGAGUGUGAAAAUGUCUAUUUCCAGUACAAUCGGAUGCCUGCGAACUGAGGAAGACUGAGACUUUGCAAGGUGGAUCUUCAGCAGCUCCGGAGAGAGAACCGACAUCUGGAGAACGACCAUGGGUGAAGAAGGCCCUCCCAGUCUGGAAUACAUCCAGGCCAAGGACUUGUUCCCCCACAAAGAGCUGAUCAAGGAAGAAGAUUCUUUACAGGUUCCAUUUUCAGUGCUACAGGGAGAGGGUGUGGAAUAUUUGGGCCAUGCGAGUGACGCCAUCAUUGCCAUUUCCAACUACCGGCUCCAUAUCAAGUUUAAAGACUCUGUAAUCAACGUGCCUUUGAGAAUGAUGGAAAGUGUGGAGAGUCGGGACAUGUUCCAGCUUCACAUUGUCUGCAAGGACUCCAAAGUAGUCAGGUGCCAUUUUUCUACUUUCAAGCAAUGCCAGGAGUGGCUGAAAAGGCUGAGCCGAGCCAUCGCUCGCCCUACCAGGCCGGAAGACCUGUUUGCAUUUGCUUACCAUGCCUGGUGCUUGGGGGUUUGUGCUGAUGAGGAGGACCAGCAUUCCCACCUCUGCCGCCCUGGAGACCACGUGAAAUACCGCUUUGAAAUGGAGCUGACUCGCAUGGGCUUUGACUUGCAAAAUGUGUGGAGGGUUUCUGACAUCAAUAACAACUACAAGUUGUGCACCAGCUACCCGCAGAAACUCCUGGUUCCUGUUUGGAUCACUGACAAGGAGCUGGAGAACGUGGCUUCCUUUCGAUCGUGGAAGCGGAUUCCAGCGGUUGUGUAUAGACAUUUGCGCAAUGGGGCGGUGAUUGCGCGCUGCAGUCAGCCAGAGAUCAGCUGGUGGGGCUGGCGCAACGCUGAUGACGAGUACCUCGUAACCUCCAUCGCCAAAGCCUGUGCCUUGAACCCUGGACAGAGGCUGGCAGGGGGGACCCCGCACUCUGGGCUCAGCGACGGGAACGAGGCCUGUGAUGCUGGUUUUGAUUCAUCUCUGACUGCGUGCUCAAGUGUGGAGAGUUCAGCGACACCUCAGAAGCUGCUGAUCCUGGAUGCCCGGUCCUACACUGCCGCCGUCGCCAACCGAGCUAAGGGAGGAGGCUGUGAAUGUGAAGAGUAUUACCCAAACUGUGAAGUGGUGUUCAUGGGGAUGGCCAACAUCCAUUCCAUCCGCAACAGCUUCCAGUACCUGCGGGCUGUCUGCAGUCAGAUGCCGGACCCCAGCAACUGGCUGUCGGCUCUGGAGAGCACCAAAUGGCUACAGCACCUUUCUGUCAUGCUGAAGGCAGCUGUGUUGGUCUCCAAUGCUGUCGACCGAGAGGGGCGCCCUGUGCUGGUUCACUGCUCAGACGGCUGGGACAGGACCCCACAGAUUGUCACCCUGGCAAAGAUCCUUCUGGACCCUUACUACCGGACAAUGGAGGGUUUCCAGGUGCUGGUUGAAUCGGACUGGCUGGAUUAUGGCCACAAGUUUGGGGAUCGCUGUGGACACCAGGAGAAGGCGGAGGAUCAGAACGAGCAGUGCCCCGUUUUCCUGCAGUGGCUGGAUUCUGUCCACCAGUUGCUCAAGCAGUUUCCCUGCCUUUUUGAGUUCAAUGAAGCUUUCUUGGUGAAAUUGGUGCAGCACACCUACUCCUGCCUUUAUGGGACCUUCCUGGGGAACAGUCCCUGUGAGCGCGAGAUCCACAACAUCGCCAAGCGCACCUGCUCAGUCUGGUCCCUCUUGAGAGCUGGCAACAAGAACUUCCACAACCUGCUCUACAUGCCUGGUAGCGAACAGGUGCUGCACCCCGUAUGCCAUGUGCGAGCACUGCACCUCUGGACGGCUGUGUAUCUCCCGGCAUCCUCCCCAUGCCCCCUUGGAGAAGAGGGCAUGGACCUCUACCUGCCUUCUGGAUCCCAAAGCCAGGAGUUUAGCAGCAGGUCUCUUGACAGAUUACCAAAGACCAGAUCCAUGGAUGAUCUUCUUUCUGCCUGUGAUCCCAGCAGCUUGCUGACCCGCACAUCAAGCGAUCCAAACCUGAACAACCACUGUCAGGAUGUCAGGAUCAGUCUGGAGCCCAGGCAUUCUGGUGCUGAGGAGACGGCAGCUGGCAAAGAGAGUGUGGGAGAGGAACUUCCCCAGGUACCUCCACAGCAGCAGGAAGAAAAAGAAGAAGAAGAAGUGCACCCCUUGCCUGUUGCCAGCGACGGGAACUCUGACAGCAACAGAAUUGAGCAGCCACAGACAUCACAAGACCAUAGAGGGUCUCAGCAAUUAAACAGUGUAUCUCCCAAGGUAGAAACUGUAAGCAGAGCAAGUCCAGAAGCAGUGGAAGGUCCCUGCCCCACUCAAAACGCUUCUCAGAUGAAGAAGCCUUUGGGGGACGUGACUGGAACGGAGGAGCAGCUUGGAAAAUUCCUCUGCAACCAAGCAAAAGAUGUUGGCUUGGAAUCUAAUGGCCCCUUGGACCUUGCAGAGCCCUGCUGCCCUGACACCUCCCUCCAGCCUUCAGUGGGUGGCCCCCGCUGGAUUCCACCAGCUCUGAGUGUUCCAAGGCAGGAUGCUCCUGGAUGCCGAAACGAGGAGGAGGACAGCAAGAGUGGCCGCGUCAGGCAUGGGGAAGAGGGCAGCCACACAGGGAAGACUCAGCCGGAGUUGUGGCGGAAAGGGAUCUCUCAAAGCCAGACAAGCGAAUUUUCUUUCCUGGGAGCCAGCUGGGACAGCUUUCAGGGAAUGGGGACGUCGCUUCCCGGAGGCGAUGUGGGUCCCCGGCGGCUUCUCUCUUAUGGCUGCUGCAACAAGAGGCUGAGCAGCAGGCACUUCUGGGCCUCUGGACUUUGCCUCAGUGGUCAGUGGCCUUUGAAAGAGAGUGCAAAGCCCCCUGGCUGCUCCAGCCACUCCGGAACCCACUGCGCAGGCUAUGCUGGGAAGUCCAGCAAGGUGUGGCUCCCUUGCCACCUGAAGCAGGCCCUCGGCUCCAAGCACGCACCACCGAGCAGCCCCUCCCCAGUGCCUCCACUCUACCUAGACGACGAUGGCCUCCCCUUCCCCACAGACGUGAUCCAGCACAGGCUGAGGCAGAUCGAGGCCACCUACAAGCAGGAGGUUGAGCAACUACGCAGGCAAGUGCGGGAGCUGCAGCUCAGGCUGGACAUCCGCCAUUGCUACCCGCCUCCAGCUGAACCACAAAUGGACUAUGAAGAUGACUUCACCUGCCUCAAGGAAUCGGACGGCAGUGAAAAUGAGGACUUCUACUCUGAUCACAGUGAAGACUGUCUAUCUGAAGCAAGCUGGGAGCCUGUCGAUAAAAGGGAAACUGAGGUCACUCGCUGGGUUCCAGACCACAUGGCCUCACACUGCUUUAACUGUGACUGUGAGUUCUGGUUAGCCAAACGCAGGCACCACUGCAGGAAUUGUGGGAACGUGUUCUGUGCCAGCUGCUGCCACCUGAAGCUGCCCAUUCCCGAUCAGCAGCUCUAUGACCCGGUCCUUGUCUGCAACACCUGUUACGAUCACAUCCAGGUAUCCCGUGCCAGGGAACUUAUGAGCCAGCAUCUGAAGAAGCCCAUUGCCACCGCUUCUAGCUGAACGCCAGCAGAGGAAAACUUGUCAAGGCCUGGCCUUUUCAACUUGCAGACUGGAAGGAAAGGGGAGGGGCUGCCUCUGCUGCAGCUGAGGAGGUCGGUAGCGCAGCACUUGAUCACCAAGCCUUGUAUGCACUGUUGGCGAUUUUCCCCACUUGGUGCCCCGUGUAUUGGAGAUGAGGAAAUUGGAUUAAAGAGUGUGAUAUGGCCCACCUCAUGGUACUGUUUGUGGUCUGAAGACCUGAGGCUAAAUCGGAGACCGCAGUGUCUUUACUUCAGAGGGCUGGCGAGGGAUGUGGUGCAGAUUACAACUGCCUUGUUCCCAAAAGCAAUAGGAAGGUAUGAUCAGAACCAGACCCUCUUCUCCCCCACCUCACAAAGGCAGGCAGGUUGACUUGUGCAAGGAAGAAGACGACUGCAGCCUCAGAGUUGUACAUCUGCAGGAGCUCACUCUGGCUGUGUCUGUCACGUCUCAGUUGUGUUCGGCUUGCCAACCACUUCCCUGAGUGGCUCAAGGCCAGCACUAGUACAAAGAGCAGGAGCUGGGGGGACGGGGGACUUCCACACUAAGCAGAGCAUCUCUCUCUGUCCCUUCCCUGUGUCCCUUCAGGGAGUAAGACUCUUUGCCCCGGCAGCUGGGCUGUUGCUUGUGGAAAGCAGUUAAGUUUGGCUUGCUAUACACUUCCUGCCCUCUGUGGGUUUUGGGCGGUCAGUUCCCGCCUAGCGUCUUCGCAGGAGACACCUCAAGCCUCCCUCUAUCUACACCACAGUGUGUCAUUCUCCUCCACUCCUUAUUGCUGCACUUGUGUCUAUUUCUGGUUGCUCUGUAUCCUGAAAACCUGGUGCCUGGAGGGGGCAGUCUGUGUAGGUUUUCUUUACCUCCUGGAAUGUGCUGUUUAUAGUGUGCUUGAGGGUUUCAGUCCAAAAUGCUGCUAAUGUUAUUUCUCUCUGCACUUAAAAACUGUAGUCUGGAGAACAAAAGUGGGGGGUGGGGUGGGGUGGGAGGGAAGAAUGCCAAUUUCACAAAUGGGAGGCGGUGAACACUUGCAGACAGGGACUUCCUGUUCCUGUCACUCAAGAAGUUGCAAGGGGCAGUAUAAAAGGCCAUCAUCAUCACCACCACCACCUUCACAAAACUGCUCUCCAGCUCAUUCUGACGUCAAUAAACCCCCCUGUUGGAAAUGUCUCUUGAUUUAUAGAUGCUCCACUUCAGUGACUGUAUCAAUUACUUUUCCCUAAUACUUUCUCUUCCAUCCAAACGAGUACUUACAUGCUUUACAAAAGGGGAGUGAGAUGCGGCCAACAUUUCCACAGCUUUUCAUGAGCGCAAUGUUCAUGAUCACUUUAUCCUGAAGUGUAGUGCAUCUGCAGGGGGGGGGCGGUGUUGUAGAGUGAACAGGGUUGUGAGGGUUUCUUCCUGCUGGUCCGAGAGCUCUCAGAUGCUCCACAAAUAGGCUGGGUCUUGAGACAUCUUGGCUGGGUCUUGAGACAUCUUGUCUCAAGAAUGCAAAAAUACUGCCCCCUCCACACUCAGAUUGCAUUCUUGCCAGCAGUCUAUUCCUGGCUGAUUUAUAUAUAUAAAAACUUUCAGUGAAGUUAGUGGUUCUGUCUACCUUAUUCUUUCUUCCACAUUUCAGCAUGCUUUUGGUCAUAAGCCUAAAAGCCAGCAUCAUCCUGACACUGGAUCUCCUUGAGUUGCCCUGUGGCCUCUUUCAAGGAGCAAAAAAAAAAAAAAAAAACCAACAAAAAACCCACCAUACACCUCAUAUUGCUAAAAGGUGGGAUCUACGAUUUUGCCAUAUUCUGACCUUUGUCCAUGUGAAGUGAUGGAAGUAGGAGGAAGAGUUCAGGUUUGGUUCCAACUCAUUUGCACAGAUGUUGAACAAAAAUCCGAAAACAAAAGUAGAAUAAGACCCUCCCAAGUCAUGGUUAAUCAAAACUGCUUUCAGCUCUCAUGAAUUUGUGUCACUGUCUUCAGGCAAAAAACAACUCCAAAAUCAGAUCAAUAGCUUUGUGACAGGCAAUGUGCUGUAAGAAAUUCAAUACAGUUGAAUAAAAUCUCUAUAUUAGU